CAAUCUCCAGACGAUAUUCGUCGUGAAGAGCAUUCGUUGUUAGACGCGCCGUACGCGAAGGUCGAAACGGAAGGGGCGUUGGAGUAGUGUGUUUAAGUGUCUUCUCGCCGAUGAGACAUCAUAUUCAACAGGUAUGGCUGAUGUCAACAGUAUUGGUCAAAGAUCCACAAAAAGCAGUAGCCCUAAAAAAAUUGCUGACAUACAGUUUCGAUUGACAGAACGUUCUGAAAAUACAGUGGAUACUCAAACAGUGUGGAAACAUGAUUUGAAAAUAUGUUGUGAUACUGAGGCCGGCAGGCCCAGAAGCAAAAAUUGUCUAAAAGGCAAAGAGAAUAGAAUGAAACGGUCAGCUUCCCUGAUGUCAAGAAACCGAAAACAUUUGCAAAGAAAAUGUGGAUUGCAGAAUGGGCAGGUAGGAAACUUUCACAGGAGUUUCUCAGACACAAAUGGCUUGGCAGACAAACUGCGAGUUAGUGAAGAUACCAGGGGCAGCCAGAAUAAGGAAAGAACGUUCAAGGAAAGUUUAAAAUGUAGCAGUGCGACUCCUUCCAAAGAACUGGAGGAGGCAAUGGAAGCCCCUCCUUCUCCCACUGCCAACCUCAAAAUGCUUAUCAGUGCAAUCAGUCCAGACAUUAGGAAGAUGGAGAGGGGGCAACAAGUGAUUGACCAAGCAGAGAACAGUCAAGAUGUGUUGGGAGAUGAGUCUAGCAUGGAACCAGUUGAGAUGGAUUCAGAAUUUGCUUCAUCUCAAGAAGGUGAUUGUGUGAAACACUGUGCUGGAUCUAGGAAGGAAAAGUCUUUAGGACUCCUUUGUCAAAAAUUUAUACAAAAGUAUCCUUCAUACCCCCCAAGUGAUGAAACUAUUGAGAUAGGCCUGGAUGAAGUAGCAAAAGACCUGAAUGUUGAAAGAAGAAGAAUCUAUGAUAUUGUGAAUGUACUGGAGAGUGUAGAAGUUGUUAGUCGUCUUGCAAAAAACAAGUAUGCAUGGCAUGGAAAAACCAACCUUGUACAUACUCUUGCCAAGUUAAAGGUUUUGGCCAUUAAAGAAGGUUUUGCUGAACGUAUUGAGCGAAUGAAAAACAAGGCACUGGACCAAGAGGUGGAUUCAAAAGCAGGACAUUCCCUGUUGCCAUCCAAAACAAAUCAGGAGAGUGAAGAUCUGUUUCACAGCAAUGAUGAUUGUUUGGAAGACCUUAAACAAAAAGUUGAGAUGAGGAAAGAGAAAUCUCUGGGAAUAAUGAGUCAGAAAUUCCUGAUGCUGUUCUUAAUUUCAGAGCAAAAAAAGAUCAAUCUAGACUUUUCAGCAAAAGUGCUUAUCGGGGAUGCAGAUCUUGAUAAGCAGGAAAGCUCUAAAUUUAAAACAAAAAUACGGCGCCUGUAUGACAUUGCCAACAUUUUAACAAGCCUUAGACUCAUCAAAAAAGUCCAUGUGAUAGAAAUCCGGGGUCGCAAACCUGCUUUUGAAUAUAUAGGGCCUGAACUAGAUACAUUGGAUAAUGUAGGUGUGUGUAACAGUGAUGGGUGGCACCGACCUAGUUCAAGACAUUCCAUGCUGGACUGUGUCAGGAAUGAAAAUGUUGCUUUGCUGCUUCACAAUACCUUUCGACCUAUCCGGCCAGCAUUACCAACAGGAUUUUCAAGGCAUUCGUCGUUUGACCAGAUAUGCCAAGUGGCAGAGAAAGAAAGAUCUCGUCUCUAUGGUUGUGCUUCAGAACCUUCUAGUCCUGUGAAAAAACUUAAAUUUAAAGAUGCCAGAGAACCCAAAAUAGAAGUCAAACGCUGCAACACUGACCCCAAAAGCAGAAUGGAGCUAGUUAAUAGUUCUGCCUCGCCUUCUACCAAUAAAUCUAUUGACAGUGUGAUCCAGCAUCGACCUGUGGUGAAGAGAGAUACUCUCAUCAUAAAGGCAAAGAGCUUUUCUGGACCUGCAGCCAGUGGCAAACAAACCAAGCCUGUACCUUUCACAUCAGAUCAAAUUCAUGAAAUCAUCUGGUCCAUAAAGCACCCUGUAAAAACCAAGCAGGAUGCAGCUACACAAUCAUCACCAGAAAAUGUGCAAGAUGGUCCGUCUGCUGCUGGCCUGCUGAUGCUGUCCCCUUCUGAAGGCCUUAGUAUGGCAAGCAUAAAUGAACACACACCAACAGCUGGCAGGGUUACCAAGUGCAGCGGUCAGAAGCACUGUUAUGUGGAGGUCGAAGUGUCUGGCUGCGAGGAGAAACGUAUUAAGUUAGAACUGACCACUCCUCCUUCUACUGGAGGCUCCAAGAGUUUACCACACAUGCAAAAUAUAAACAGAGGACUGAACACAGAGAAACUGGUAAUCAAGCCUAAAGGAAAGUCAUCAUCUACCAGAGCCCUCACUUUCCUUUCUGAUGAGACACAUGAGAGCACACAGCACUCUAGUGAUCCUCUUAUGGCACUCUGUGCUCCUAAACCUGUAGCUACACGACCACAGCCAAAUGUCCACCAUGUUACAAUGCAGCUGCCCAACAGUCAGGCCAGUGCAAGCAGCGUUUAUCAUGUGCCAGUCAUGAAUGCCUUGCAGGAGGAUGUCAGUAAACCCACAAAAAUUGUUCUUUCAAAUGGCAACUUUUCCUCUGCCAGUGUUGUUAACCCUACAACACCCACUUUAGUGUCUUUGCCUUCCACUUACAUGCCACACUGCAGGAUGCUCCCCUCGUACAAAACCUCACCUGCUGAUAAACCUGUGCAAAUUCUUUCACAUAGCUCUAUGGUCUUGCCUGGUAGUUCUAGCCAACCAGUAAACAUCAUGGUCCCAGUUACCUUCAGCCCACCCCUUACUCCCAGCGAAGAUAACCCAUGCUCCUCAGUCAUGUUCACAUUUCCUGGCAUGGGCUCCCCUCAGGCAUGCACUCCAGCACCUCCAUUACAGUCACAGUCCACAGCUUUCCAGGUAGUACAACACUCUGCUUCCUCCUCCCUUAGAAUGUUACCUGCUUCUCCCCCAUCUUCUCAAGCAACCUCUCACAUCCGGAUUGUUUUGCCUGUCACAGAUGCUUCAUCUGCGGCAACAUUAGCAAUCCCCUCUCCAUUUGUUACCUGUGCCAAUUCUGCUAUUCUGCAGGCCAGAACAGCAGACAGCUAAAACGAGUAACAAAGUAUCUUGUAUCUUCUGCCUUUUGAAGACUUGGGGAUGCAAUUGAAGAUUCUGGUUAAUACUUUGUUGCCUAAUAACAUGAAUUCAAGUUCUGAUUUAUGCUGAUAAUCUCAGGAAUGGAUUGAAUGGUAUUGCCUGACCUGCAUCUUCUGUGCUGCCAUCAAAGCAUUGAAUAGCUCAACUCUGCAAAGAUAGUAUAAUGGUACUUUCUCAUGAAGGAACGAGACCCUUCUAUAUGUCUAUAAAUUUUUCUUUGUUAGAGCAAUUUCAUUUUAUGACAAUAUUUUAAUGGGGAUAAAAAGGACCAGGCAAUUUGGAUGCAUCUUUCAAAACAGUGGAUUCCUUCCAGAAACAGAUGGUCUUUGCUGAAAUUUUAUUUCAGUCUCAUAAAUGUGACUACAUGUGCAUCCACUUGCUGGAAAGUUUCUCAAAGCUUGUAUACCGACUGAUGACUUUCCAAGCGAAGAAAAAUUGUUGUUUCACUUAAAAGAUCUCAUGUUUCAUAAAGCAUGCAAGGUUAGUGUUUUAAAACAAAUAAUUUAAAUGUUUUCUGUUUCUUUUGUUAGGAUUUCUAUAUCUGUUUCUAGUCAAGACAUUUUGAAUUUGUUUGUCUUGUCCAGGUGUUGGAUCAUUUUAGAUUAAAGUGCUGGAAUAACAACUUAGCUUUUACAUCUUACGCACUUCAUGUUUUCCAAAAUGCAGUUCUGUCAUUUAAAUGUAUGUAUUAUAGGUACAAAGCUUACACCUUUAAAAUAAUACAUACUAUUUACACUUCUUUUUAUUAAUCCUAAAGAUGUGACCUAUGUAAUUUUAUAUGUCUUCAAUGUUUGGAAGCAUAGAGAAGAAAAGUAAGAGUCUCUUGUUAAUCCCUUCUUAAUUCCAUAUGCAUUUCCUUCCUAGUGUCAGCAUCAUAUUAUAUGAAUUACAGUUUUUCUGUAAACUUAUCGAUAGUUUUUUUUAAAAAAACAGUUUUAAAAUGUUUAGUUUCCUGGGAUUUUUGUCUGCACUAGUAACUCCUUGAAUACCUCGGGUUUAAAAAUCUUCGGUAGCAUUAGUACAUUAUACUUCUGUGUAAAAUUUAGACUUGUAAAACUCUUCUUUCUCAGAGACUUGCCAUAAGCUUUUGUGUAGGGCUUCACAUUGUUGGUGAUGAAGGAGGUAAAAUUCCUAUAAAAACCUUGCUAUAAUUUAAGGGUGCCUUUAUUGUUGUGAAGGUGCUUUUCUUUUCUCUUUUUUUCUUUCUUUCUUUCUUUCUUUCACUUGAAAAUGGGGGUUGUUGCAUGCAUUUUAAGAAAUGUUUAACAUCGAAGAUGGUGGCAGUCUACACAAGCCUUUAAUUCAAAAGUGGAAAGCCUCGUGUUUCAAAAUGCAGGGAAAAUGGCCAAAAGGUUAUACCAAUAUUUAUGGAAAGAUGUUCGAUCACUUUGCUGUAUGUUUUGUUAGAACUUGCUUUACCUCCUAAAUGCCGAUAAGCUCAGAUGAAUACCUUAUUACUCACUGCUGAAUUUAUUACCUAUACCCUUCGCAUUUAGGAAUGCUUGACUAUUCUGGAUUGGUGAAUAUACUAUAAAGGUAGCAUAUUUUUGGUUGUAAAUACUAGCUUUCUACGUUUGCUUUGAAACAUUGUCAAUAAUUAUAAUUUAUUUGUAAUUUUCUCAGAGUGUAAAAUGCAAGGUUUUGGGGAAAGUGUAAAUGUCAAAUCUAUUUUAAAUUUCUGUUGUUAAAGUUUGUUGUUUUGAGGAUGUUCAUGUCUUGCUGGUUUCUUGUUUCUAGAAUCAACAUUCAGAUAAAUUCAGCUUUGCUGGAAUAAUUGUCAGUUAAAAUAAUUUUUCCAGAUUCCUGGCAUUGACUAAUUUAAUAUUCAAGCCAACAACAUCUGGAUAAUCUCUGUUUUGGUUGUGUUUACUUACCCCCACCUUCAUUUCAUCAGAUACUGGUUAAGAAACAUCUACACUAUUUGCAGAAUCAAGAUAUGUCCAAUACAGAACUGUUUGCUUAUUGCCCGACCUUGCAAAUGUGUGAACAGUCAGAAAAAUGCUAUUGGGAUUUUAAAUUCACACAGAAAAAUCCAUGUUAGCCCUCUGCCUGAACAGUUAACCUCUUUUUGGCCAGGCAGGUCUUGUUUACACUGUUCUCCAUCUGACCCAUGUCUUAAAGGGAUGAAACUUUUGUUUUUCUUCCUUUGCUUCUAUGCUUGAAGCCCUUACAAGAACAAGUUGUACUUAAAUCAAAUCUUAUUAAAAAGAAAUAUAAUCCAGCCUUUUAGCUUGUAUUGUGCUAUCAUUUUCUUUCUGCUUCUUUUAAAACUGUUUACAUUGUUUAUGAAUCACAACUAUUGCGUAAAAUAGAAGUUGGGAUCUUCUAUUAUAUCUGCUUUAUUAGGUCUGAUUUUUACAAAGUUUUAUUGGCCAUUCUAUCAAGGAAAGAACCAGUUUUAACAUUCUAAUUUCCUAAAGAUCAUCUCCAUUUUAACAGCCAGCUGUGUAUUAAGCAAGAUGCUGAUUCAUCAAGACAGCUCUUUUUUUUUUUUUUUUUUUUUUUUUUUUGUUUCCUAAAUUAUUAAAGAUAACAUGUAUUGCUAUAAUCUUGCUACUUAUAUUUGCCUUUAUGGCAAAGUGUUAUGUAUUUUGCUAAGAUUGGCAGCUCAGAUAAAAAGCUGUGACUUCUAAGCCUGUCAGUAUUUGUCUAUCGCUGUUACCACGUUUUGUCCAUGUUAAAUGGGUUUGAACCCAGAUUGUACAGCACAGGCCUAAAGUGUCUGGAGUGUGUAGUCUAUUUAUUAAAAAAAAUGUUUCACUACUGCACACCUUUGUUUUCUGCUAGCUAUGCAAAUUGUUUUAAGACCAAGAACCCAGUUACAGUUAUUGUCUAUAAUGCAGCAUGUUUAUCCUUGAUAAUGUUUUUCACCUUCUACAUGCUUUGUACAUGUAUUGUUGAACAAUUUUAAAAAGAACCAAUUCAUUAAAAAGAAAACUGGGGUUUUUUAAAGGGGGGACGGUAUAGUGCUUGUGCUUUAUAUUUUUUGACAAGUGCAAGUAAUAGAGCACAGAGUUAAAUAUUUUUAACACCGGGAUUUCCUGUUCCUCUUGUGGUACCUAAACUUUUUCAUAAUUCGUUUUAUUUUCACAUGUUAAGCACAUGCUGAUUUCAGAUUGUAAACUUUAAUAUGUAUCAGACAGACAAAAAAUUGUAUCAAUAGCAGUACAGUAAGUUUUAACUUUUUGCAUAUAUUUGUCAACAUUCAUGACUAUGAUAUUCUUUGCAAUGAAUGUAGCGUGGGAUAUGUAUAAUUAGAGUGGUUCUUUUUAAAUGUAAGCAGCUUGACAUGCAUGUGGGUUACCUGUGUAACCAGAGAGAGUAUACUGUACUCCUGUUUCAUUAAAAAAAAAAAAAUAACAGGAUUCUGUUACCCCAAGUGUGACUACUAUGUCAAUGCAAAAAAUGCUGAAGUGCUUUUAUGCAUUUGGGAAUAAAUGAGAUGCAGAAUGUGGACUGCACCCUUCAUGAGACAGGUUGAGUGAAGUGUAUAGUAAAUCAUCAGUCU